AUUUUGCGUUUUCAUUCGUCGAUAUUCAAUUGACGUGAGUUCGUGGUGUGAUUGAAUUUUGCAAUAACUUUUAUCCUUAAUAAAAAUCAUAGAAAAUGCCUGCUAAAGCUGUUUGCGUUAUUAACGGUGAUGCGAAGGGAACAAUUUUCUUCGAACAAGAGAACGAAAAUGCACCCGUUACUGUGACUGGAGAAGUAACAGGUCUUUCCAAGGGAGAGCACGGCUUCCACGUUCAUGAAUUUGGAGACAAUACAAAUGGUUGCACUUCAGCUGGCCCACAUUUCAAUCCUCACGGAAAGGAACAUGGAGCACCUGUUGAUGCCAACAGACAUCUUGGCGAUUUGGGAAAUAUUGUAGCCUCAGGAAGUGGCCCAACAAAGGUUGAAAUCACAGACAAGUUGAUUACUUUAUUCGGAGCGAACAGUAUUAUUGGAAGGACUGUUGUCGUCCACGCUGAUCCCGAUGAUUUGGGAAAAGGAGGACACGAAUUGAGCAAGUCAACUGGCAAUGCUGGUGCACGAAUUGGAUGUGGUGUAAUUGGAAUAACUAAAGCUUAAAUAUACCCUUAAAUAAACUGGAAUUCAAUGUUGGUUUUAAAUGUAUAAAAAAAUUAUUAUAUGGCUUAAUAAGAAAAUAAACAAUUUUUCCUUUGGGAUAUAAAGGUA